AUGAAACAUCUUUUUUUAUUCACCAAUCCAAUAUCCGGAGGAAAUCAAGCAUCCAUAUUUACUGAAUUUUCUGCCAAUGAAAUAGUAUACCAGAAACCAGAGAAUUGCCAUUUGCACAUAUACAAUUUAUUAGAAGGCGAGCCUGGUAAAAAUCAAGGUUUUUUAAAACUUAAAAGUGUGAUAGAUAAUAUAGAACGUGAAUCUAAAAAUUAUGUGAAUAAUGAUAAUAUAAAAAGUGAUAUUGAAAAUGAACAAAAUGUUAAUUUGAAUAAUUUUGAAAAUAAACAAGUUCCAAAAAAAGCAUCUCAAAAAAAAAAUAAUAUAUGUAAUAUUGAAAAUAAAAAUAAUUUCGUAAAAUUAUGUCAUGAUGACAUUCCUGUGUAUGUAAUUAUAGCUGGAGGUGAUGGAACUUUAAAUUGGGUUUUAAAAGAAGCAGAAUUAUAUGAUAUAGAUACAAGUAUUUUUGCUAUUUCUAUGAUUCCAUUUGGGACUGGUAAUGAUUUCGCUAAUGCAUUUGGAUGGAAAAAACCAAUUGGAAUGUUAAAACCUAAAGAUACAUUUGGAAUUUUAAAUAAUGUUAUUUCUCAAAUAUUUAAAUCCGAAAUUCUAUAUCAUGAUUAUUGGAAUAUUGAAGUUGUGUUAAAUGAGGAUGGAUAUUUUGAUAAAAUAAAUUCAAAAACAAAACAAAAAGAAACAUUAACCAAAAAUAAUGAUAAUGUAAAAAAUUUAAAAUUCCAUAUGACUAAUUAUUUUAGUAUUGGGAUUGAUUCAAGAAUAGGUCGAGGUUUUGAAAGACACCGUAAAAAUAAUGCAAUAUUAAAUAAAAUGGUAUAUGCUAUUGAAGGGUUUAAAAAAAUAUCAUCUAAAAAAAAUGUACCUAUUAAUUUAGUAAUUGAUAAAAUGACAACUGGGGAUAAUUUUGAAGAUAUUAUAUUUACAACAAAUAAAAAAGAAAAUGCUCCUUUAUUAAACAAAGCUAUGAGUAUUGUAUGUGUUAAUAUACCAUCAUAUUCAUCUGGAAAUGAUAUAUGGAAACAUACAGAUAAACUAGGUUUAAAAUUACCAAAAGAUUAUAAUGCUGAAAAUAAAAAAAAAUAUAAUGAUUUAAGACGUUCACAACAACAAGUUGGAGAUGGAAUAUUAGAAUUCGUUACAUAUCGUUCAGGUGUUGAUUUGGGGCUAGAAUUUGCAUUUAAAGGUCGAGCUUGUAGAAUACAUCAAGGAGAAGGACCAUGGAAAAUAGAUUUUAAAGAAAAUAUCACGGGUGUCUAUUUUCAAGUAGAUGGUGAAUUUUUCUAUAUGACAAAGCCGAAAUAUUUAUCCGUAAAAUAUUAUAAAAAAUUAAAUGUGUUGAAAAAUAAUUCGUAA